GGAAAUAGGGGGGAGGUCAGCAGGCGGGGGAAGGGCCUCAUCGGAAUCGAUCCACAUCGGCGGCGGCGAAGGUAGCGGCGGCGUCCGACGACCGACGGGGCCACCACCACCGACGACGGCGGCGUUCGAUAGCAGUGCGCAGACGCGCCUCCGCCGCCGCCGCCGCCGGAAGUUGCCCGAGAUAGGGCGGGCGGCUGUGGGGCGGUGGACGGGCGGUGGUUGAGCGUCUGUCGGGCGGCUGACGGCCGGUGCGGGGUGCGAUACGGUGGUGGGUGACCCUCUCCUUUCACGGCGGUGACGCGUGAGAAGCGGAGGCGCCAUGGCAGCCGACGGCGCCGCCAGCGAGGGUCAGGAGACCAGCGUCGAGGCGCUGCGCAAGGAAAUCGAGUCACUCAAGGUCAAACUGGAUGAGGAGCGACAGAAAAUGAACGAUGUGACACUGGACAAGGUAGCCGGGCGACUGGAGCCAUGCGGGCCACUCAACAUCAAGUCGCGUCGCGUCCUCAAGGGCCACCAGGGCAAGGUGCUGGCUCUCGACUGGUCGCUGGACAAACGUCACAUCGUCUCCUCCUCACAGGACGGCAAGAUGAUCCUGUGGGACGCGUUUACCACCAAUAAGGAACACGCCAUCACUAUGCCGACCACCUGGGUAAUGGCGUGCUCGUACGCGCCCAGCGGCAACGCCGUCUGCUGCGGCGGCCUGGACAACAAGGUGACCAUCUACCCGCUGAGUCUGGAGGAGGACAUGUCGGCCAAAAAGCACACGGUCGGCACGCACAUCAGCUACAUCUCGUGCUGCUGUUUCCCCAACUCGGACCAGCAGAUCCUCACGGGCAGCGGAGACGCCACGUGCGCCCUCUGGGACGUUGAGUCCGGCAGUCUGCUGCAAAACUUUGUCGGACACACGGCAGACGUGAUGACCCUCGACUUGGCACCCUCCGAGACGGGAAAUACCUUCGUGUCGGCGGGCUGCGACAAGACGGCGAUGAUCUGGGACAUGCGCACCGGCUCCUACGUGCAGACGUUCGAGGGCCCAGCUGCUGACAUCAACACCGUCAAGUACUACCCCAGCGGGGACGCCAUCGCCACCGGAUCAGACGACGCCACGUGUCGCCUGUUCGACCUGCGCGCCGACCGCGAGGUGGCCUGCUACACGAAGGACAGUUUGAUUUUCGGUGUGAACGCGCUCGACUUCUCGGUGAGCGGUCGGCUGUUGUUCGCCGGCUACAACGACUACACGGUGAACGUGUGGGACUCGCUGAAGGUGCAGCGCAUCACCGUGCUCUACGGACACGACAACCGCGUCUCCUGCCUCAAGAUGAGCCCGGAUGGCACCGCCUUCUGCACCGGCAGCUGGGACUUCACGCUGAAGGUUUGGGCCUGAGCGCGGACAUCUGGCGAUGACGUGAUCUGCCAGGGGUGUGGAGCCGCUCUGCCGAGACACAAACGGGGGACCAUCUGGACGGACAUAAAGGAGGGACCAGCACAGUGGGCAGCCGAGCUCUGACACAGGCGUAGUGUGUGCCGCUGCUUCUUCCAGUGGCCAUAGUCAAACGGAGAAACGCACAACACGGCGCCGUUUUGCGGGCCGCCAUUCACGCGGCCAUCAGUGGGCUGUACGGACUAGUGACGCGCACAAGAAUGUGUAGGUUCUACUUGCUGUAGGCGUGAGUGAUGCGCAUGUCACACCCACAGAGGUGUAGACAGUGGUCAGGGAAUGGUGUUGUCUGUAGGAUAUGUGGUGCUUUCUGCGUUGACAUGGAGCAGAUUUUUGCCCUCACUGACAUUCGCUACGUUUCAUCCUUCAGCGGCACAAGGGAAGGUGGCUGAAACAUACGCCUUUCGUAUGGCUCCUAAUUAAGAUACAGCUUUGCAAAAAAAAAAAUGCUUCUAUCUAAGAGAGUAGACCAAAGGGUCUCGAUUUUAAGGUCUCAUGUAAACUUCUAGGUCAUAUUGAAGACCUGAAAAUAUGACCUUGUUUUUUGGCAGAAAAAAAGAUCCCAACACUCCUGGCAGAACAAGUUAACAACACGUUUGAGACGUGUCGAAUGUUGAACAUGUUUUGGAGAACGGAACGGGUCAGGGCUAACCCCUGGUGAACUGAUAUUCAUUUGGAUGACUUAGACAGAUUACAAGUCUUAUAUUUUGCUUCCCUCGGCGCUGAGCAUGAGCGCUUACCGCGAAUUUAUUUCGCAAAAAAAUCAUUUCUGGGCUCAGUGGAGCUAAAAGUUAAGAUAUCAUAAGGAGUGAAUAGAACUUGUAUAAUAUCUUAAGGGGUUGUAUCGAGCUCCCUUCCACUAGGCCGGCUAUGGUUAAGACGUAAAUGGUGACUCAGAGGUUAAAAGUGUCGCAAUGAUAACUAUCAUACUGAUCAGUCAUUUCUCUUUUUCAUGAAGAACCUUAUACGAAUGCAACAGCUCCUAAUACCAAGGGCCAAUCGGCUUACUCGAUCGAAAUUUUCACAUUUAGUGAAGCUUUCCGGCUACCUAGCGGCGCACAUUUUGCCGAUUUUUUAUCCUCCUUUCCCAUGCGCCUGAAUACAAGAUGGCAAAGCUGGGAUAACGGGGAGCUAAUUGUGCAGCCGUGGAAAUGGUUGAAGUUAUUUGAUCGUCAUCGUAUGUUGGCUCUCAGCUACGGUACUGUUCACAAAAUACUUGUAGCAAUAUACUUUCUCGAGUCAUAAUACAUAAAUUGUGGAGCCA